AAUCUGUACUACCCCUUCAACUCCCACAAUGAAUGGGAGCUGGCAUCAUGGUUACUUCAUUCAGGCCUGAGCAUGAGAGCUAUAGACUCUUUCUUGUCAUUGUCAAUCAUAAGCCUGUCCCUAUUCUCUCCAAAGAUCAUUAUUGAUGUGCACCAGAUACAGCUACUAAAUAUUUCCUUUCAUACAGCCAGAGCACUUCAUGGGCUGGCUGAGUUACUCCCUGGUGGGCCAUGCUGGUGCUCAAUGGAGAUUACUCCUUUGCAGCCAACCAAACACCCUGUGCACUUGUACUGGUGUGAUCCCCUGGAAUGCAUUGUGUGGCUCCUCAACCACCCUUUGUUCUCUGACCAGCUCAAUUUCAUUCCAAGGCAUGUAUACAAAACACCUGAGAAGCUUUGUAGAGUGUAUACAGAGUGGAUGACCACUGAUGAUGCUUGGUGUAUGCAGUCACAGCUUCCAAGCAGAGUGACUCUUCUUGGCAUGAUACUUUCUUCAGACAAGACAAAUAUUACU